CCAUUCACACGCAGGAAGCCGUCGGAGAGAGAGCACCGCCGCUGCGUGACCAGCGUGGAAAUGUGCCCAAGUUUUUGGAAUUUAAAACCAUGGCGGGGAUAACAUGCCGGAGAAUCACUUAAAUGCAGCCCCCACCUUGUGCUUCUGUGGAUGACAUUCCUGAUGACCGCUCCCAACACUGAAAACGGGACAUUGGAUCAGUAGUUCUGUUUCCCCUUCCCUGAUCCUUUUAUUCCUAAAUAGUAUAACAAAAUAGAAAGAUAUCCUGACCUGAAACAGGGUACCAAAAGCACAUUCCUCCUCCUCCUCCUUUCUUUCUCCUUCCCCAUUUCCCCAAAAGCCUCGUGUCUGAACACAGCACAGAUAUGUGUCCCCUCACUCAGUCAGCAUCUUUCCGUGGCCAGGGAAGCUUGGUUUUCCUCCUAGGACUUUUACUUAUCAUGAGCUCAUCCCUCUCUGGAGGCCAACCCCCACCCUUCAAAAGGUUUGCCCCUACUGAAUCUUUGCUCACACAUUUGACCAUCCACAACAAAACUGGGGAAGUCUAUGUGGGAGCUGUCAACUGGAUUUUCAAGCUGUCUAGCAACCUGACUAAAUUGCGAUACCACGUGACUGGCCCAGUGAGUGACAAUGAGAAAUGCUACCCUCCGCCCAGUGUUCAGUCUUGCCCUCAUGACCAGGCUCAGACCCCCAAUGUGAACAAGCUUCUUUUAAUAGACUACACACAGAACCGCCUCAUUGCCUGUGGCAGCACUUCGCAAGGUAUCUGCCAGUUCUUGCGUCUGGAUGACCUCUUUAAGCUUGGUGAACCUCACCACCGUAAGGAGCAUUACCUCUCCAGUGUGGCAGAAUCGGGUACCAUGUCAGGAGUCAUCAUUAGCUCCCCUCAGAGUCCUACCAGCAAGUUGUUCAUCGGAACCCCUAUAGACGGCAAAUCUGAGUACUUCCCCACAUUGUCCAGUCGUAAACUCAUGGACAAUGAAGAAAAUGCUGACAUGUUCAGCUUCGUCUAUCAGGAUGAGUUUGUCUCAUCUCAGCUCAAGAUCCCCUCUGACACUCUGUCCAAGUUUCCUGCUUUUGACAUCUAUUAUGUUUACAGCUUCAGCAGCGAACAAUUUGUCUAUUAUCUCACAAUGCAGUUAGAUACUCAACUGACAUCACCCGAUGCCAGUGGAGAGCAAUUCUUCACCUCGAAAAUUGUCCGCCUUUGUGUUGAUGAUCCAAAAUUUUACUCAUACGUUGAAUUCCCUAUUGGUUGCACCAAGGAUGGGAUAGAAUACCGUUUGGUUCAGGAUGCGUUCUUGGCCCGACCGGGCCGGCAGUUGGCCAACUCUCUGGGGAUUUCAGAGAAUGAAGACAUCCUUUUCACGGUUUUUUCUCAGGGUCAGAAAAAUCGGGCAAAACCACCUAAAGAGUCAGCAUUGUGCCUUUUCACCCUGAGGAAGAUAAAGGAGAAGAUCAAAGAAAGGAUUCAGUCCUGCUACAGAGGAGAAGGGAAACUAUCCUUACCGUGGUUGCUGAACAAGGAGCUUGCCUGUAUCAACUCGCCCCUCCAGAUAGAUGACAACUUUUGUGGCCAAGACUUCAACCAGCCUUUGGGAGGAACCAGCACCAUUGAGGGCAUACCUCUCUUCAUAGACAAGGAUGAUGGGAUGACUUCUGUGGCGGCCUAUGACUACCGUGGCAACACUGUGGCCUUUGUCGGCACACGGAAUGGGAAACUGAAGAAGAUACUGGUGAACUCUGUGAGCCCCAACCGUCCAGCAGUGCUCUAUGAGAAAGUGACUGUAAGUGAAGGUGGAAGUCCUUUACUGAGAGACAUGCUGUUCAGUCCGAACCUGCAGCACAUCUACACCAUUACGGACCGACAGGUGGUGAGAGUCCCAGUGGAGAGCUGUGAGCAGUACAGCACUUGUGGAGAGUGUUUGGGUUCCAGAGACCCUCACUGUGGUUGGUGUGUUCUCCACAAUAUAUGUUCUCGUAAGGACCGCUGUGAACGAGCAGGAGAGCCUCAGAGGUUCGCCUCGGACCAGAGACAGUGUGUGGAGCUGACUGUUCAGCCAAGAAAUAUCUCUGUCACCAUGUCUGAAGUUCAGCUCGUCCUUCAGGCUCGUAAUGUGCCCAAUCUGUCAGCGGGGGUCAACUGCUCCUUCGAGGACUAUGUGGAGACAGAGGGACGGAUCCAGGGUGGACACAUCUAUUGCAUGUCUCCUUCUGCCAGGGACAUCGCCCCAAUCACCAGGAACAAAGGUGACAAGCGAGUGGUCAAGCUCUACCUCAAGUCCAAGGAGACAGGAAAGAAGUUUGCCAGUGUAGACUUCGUCUUCUACAACUGCAGUGUCCACCAGUCGUGCCUUUCCUGUGUAAAUGGCUCCUUUCCAUGCCACUGGUGCAAGUACCGCCACAUGUGCACGCAGAAUGCCAACGACUGCUCCUUCCAGGAGGGACGUGUCAACAAUUCAGAGGACUGUCCCCAGAUUCUACCUUCAACCCAGAUUUACAUCCCAGUCGGUGUGACCAAGCCGAUCACCUUGGCUGCCAAGAACCUGCCCCAGCCACAGUCUGGACAGAGGAACUAUGAAUGUGUCUUCCACAUUCAAGGAGAGACGCACAGUGUUCCUGCGCUGCGCUUCAACAGCAGCUCCAUCCAGUGCCAGAAAACAGCGUAUUCUUAUGAAGGUAAUGAUAUCAGCGACCUGCCAGUAGAUCUGUCUGUGGCGUGGAAUGGAAACUUUGUCAUCGACAAUCCUUACAACAUUCAAGCUCACCUGUAUAAGUGCUACGCCCUGAGAGACAGCUGUGGGAUGUGUUUGAAGGCCAACCCCAGGUUUGAGUGUGGUUGGUGUGUCCAAGAGAAGAAGUGCUCCCAGAGACAGGAGUGCACCCCCCCAGAGAGCAUUUGGAUGCAUGCCACAACUGGAAACAGCCGCUGUGCACACCCUAAGAUCACAAAGCUGUCUCCAGAGACGGGGCCCAGGCAGGGAGGCACAAUGCUGACCAUCACUGGUGAGAACCUGGGUCUGCAGUUCAAAGAUAUCCAGAACGGUGUCCGCAUCGGAAAGGUGACAUGCAACCCACAGGAGGACCAGUACAUCAGCGCUGAGCAGAUUGUAUGCAAAUUAAAUGAUGCAACAGGUUACAGAGUGCAGGAGGCUCAGGUGGAGGUGUGUGUGAGAGACUGCAGUCAUCCUGACUACAAAGCAGUCUCAACCAAGGCCUUCACAUUUGUGUCUCCAUACUUUAACCGUGUCAACCCUUCUGCUGGGCCUUUGUCUGGAGGAACAAGAAUAACCAUUGAAGGCAGUCAUCUCAACGCAGGCAGCGCUGUAUUUGUGAAAAUCGGACUUCACCCAUGCCGCUUUGAGAAGCGGAGCAGCAGGGAGAUUGUAUGCGUGACCCCAGCUGGUCUGGCCACGGGCCCCACGCCAGUCAUGGUGGACAUCAACUCUGCUGAGCUUAGGAAUCCAGAGGUCCGGUUCAACUACACAGAUGAUCCCACCAUCCUCAAAAUUGAACCUGACUGGAGUAUCGCCAGUGGAGGAACCAUGUUGACCAUUACUGGAACCAAUCUGGCUACCAUCAAAGAGCCCAAAAUGAGAGCCAAGUAUGGAGUUGCACAGUCUGAAAAUAACUGUACAGUUUUCAACAACACUGUCAUGAUGUGCCUGGCGCCCUCUGUGGCGAGAUCUGACAAAGGCUUCUUAGAUGCUGGCAUCAGUCCUGAUGAGAUUGGUUUUGUCAUGGAUGACGUGCGCUCUGUGUUGGUGGUAAACGAGACCUUCACCUACCACCCAGACCCUCUGUUUGAACCUUUGAGCCCCACAGGCUUGCUGGAACUCAAGCCCAGUUCACCCCUCAUACUCAAGGGCCGGAACCUAAUUCCUGCAGCUCCAGGGAACGCUAAGCUGAACUACACGGUGUUGAUAGGGGAGACGCCCUGCGUCCUCACCUUGUCUGAGAGCCAGCUGCUGUGUGAAUGGCCUAACUUGACUGGAGAACACAAAGUCACGGUGCGUGUUGGAGGCUUUGAAUACUCUCCCGGGACGCUGCAGAUCUACUCCGACAGCCUGCUUACUCUUCCUGCCAUCAUAGGCAUUGGAGGAGGCGGUGGUUUGCUCCUGCUGGUCAUCAUUGUGGUUCUGAUUGCUUAUAAGAGAAAGUCGAGGGAUGCAGACCGCACACUUAAACGACUGCAACUCCAGAUGGACAACCUGGAGUCCAGGGUAGCCCUCGAAUGCAAAGAAGCCUUUGCAGAAUUGCAAACAGACAUCCAUGAGCUCACGCAAGAUCUGGAUGGAGCAGGAAUCCCCUUCCUGGAUUACCGCACUUAUGCCAUGCGUGUGCUCUUUCCUGGGAUCGAGGACCAUCCUGUACUCAAGGAGAUGGAGGUACGGGUACCUGCUAACGUGGAAAAGGCCCUGACGUUGUUCGGCCAGCUACUCACCAAAAAGCACUUUCUGCUGACCUUCAUCCGUACACUGGAAGCUCAGCGGUCCUUCUCCAUGCGGGACCGUGGCAACGUUGCGUCUCUUAUUAUGACAGCACUGCAGGGGGAGAUGGAGUAUGCCACAGGUGUCCUCAAACAGCUCCUGUCUGACCUCAUUGACAAAAACCUGGAGAGCAAGAACCACCCAAAGCUCUUACUCAGAAGGACGGAGUCGGUUGCUGAGAAGAUGCUUACAAACUGGUUCACCUUCCUGCUUUACAAGUUCCUCAAGGAAUGUGCUGGUGAGCCUCUCUUCAUGCUGUACUGUGCUAUUAAGCAGCAAAUGGAAAAGGGGCCGAUAGAUGCAAUCACAGGAGAAGCCCGCUACUCCCUCAGUGAGGAUAAGCUCAUCAGACAACAAAUUGACUACAAGACCUUGACAUUGCAUUGUGUGAACCCAGAGAAUGAAAACGCUCCGGAGGUGACGGUGAAGAGCCUGAACUGCGACACGGUGACGCAAGUGAAAGAGAAGCUGCUGGACGCCGUGUACAAAGGCACGCCGUACUCCCAGAGACCAAAGGUUUCGGAUAUGGACCUGGAAUGGCGGCAGGGCAGGAUGGCUCGCAUUAUCCUUCAGGAUGAGGAUGUCACUACAAAGAUCGAUAAUGACUGGAAGAGGCUGAAUACCCUGGCUCACUACCAGCGAUACCUGAACUUGGAAAUCGUGUUGCAGGUGACAGAUGGCUCAGUGAUUGCCCUGGUGCCCAAGCAGAACUCUGCCUACAACAUCUCCAACUCCUCCACAUUCACAAAGUCCCUCAGCAGAUACGGUACGAAAGAAGAGAGCAUGCUGAGGACAGCCAGUAGUCCAGACAGCUUGCGUUCCCGAACGCCCAUGAUCACCCCUGACCUCGAAAGCGGCACCAAGCUGUGGCAUCUAGUGAAGAACCACGACCACUCGGACCAGCGGGAGGGGGAUCGAGGAAGCAAGAUGGUCUCCGAGAUCUAUCUGACCAGACUGCUAGCCACGAAGGGUACACUCCAGAAGUUUGUGGAUGAUUUGUUCGAGACCAUCUUCAGCACAGCACAUAGAGGUAGUGCGCUUCCUCUCGCCAUCAAGUACAUGUUUGACUUCUUGGAUGAGCAGGCAGACAAGCACUCCAUAUCGGACUCUGAUGUACGGCACACUUGGAAGAGCAACUGUCUUCCGCUGAGGUUCUGGGUGAAUGUGAUCAAGAACCCGCAGUUUGUCUUCGACAUCCACAAGAACAGCAUUACGGAUGCCUGCUUGUCCGUGGUGGCUCAGACCUUCAUGGACUCCUGUUCUACAUCAGAACAUAAGCUGGGGAAGGACUCGCCUUCCAAUAAGCUGUUGUAUGCUAAAGACAUCCCCAACUACAAGAACUGGGUAGAAAGGUACUACUCUGACAUCUCCAGGAUGCCGGCUAUCAGUGACCAGGACAUGAGUGCCUACCUUGCAGAGCAGUCACGUCUGCAUGUCAACCAGUUCAACAGCAUGUCGGCUCUACACGAGAUCUACUCUUACAUUGUCAAGUACAAGGAUGAGAUCUUGUCAGCUUUGGAGCGAGACGAGCAGGCACGGAGACAGAGACUGAGGAGCAAGCUGGAGCAGAUCAUUGACACAAUGGCCCUGAGCAGCUGAGGACCAUCCACAUCCUUCUCCUUGCUCCUCCUCUCCAUCUGUCUUUCUCUCUCCCUCGUUCUUCUCACUCAGACAAGAAACAAAACUCCAACCCCCAACAAUACGAACUGCAAAAGGAACUGAAGCAGUAUACUGCAAAAUGGGGGGGUGGUCGGCAGAGAUGGGCGGGCCUGUGUACGCUUACAUGUGUAUGUUUGUGUUUGUCUGCAGCCCCGUGCCGCGUGCGGGCAUGUGUCUGUGUGAGAGACUGAGACACCAGAUGUUUUCACACACUCAUACAUGAAGAACAAGUCAAGUGACAGCGUUUGAUUAUCGUGGAUGUUGGUGUUUGUGGUUUGCUUGGUUUGAUUUUAAGAGUUUUGUCCUGAUGACGCCGAUGAUGUUCAGGAAAACAAACCAUGGAAGCUCUGUAAGGAAUUCCACAUGACAUCUCGAGCAGAACGGACCAAUCUGUCUCAGCCUUUGGAGAGAGGCUCUGUAGGUCAUGUGACCCCAACAGUUGUCACAGUUUGAAAGAUGUUGAAUUUUUUUUUUUUUUUUUUUUGUAUAGAUGUAAUCAACUGCCCACUCUCAGAUCUCUCGCCACUUGUAUUACUGCUGAAUUUGCACAAUUUACAGAAACGUUACAAAGCAAGACUAUAUAGAUAUUAUAUAUAAAUACAGCUUUUUAAAGAAAACUUAAGGAGAAAACAUUUUUGUUGUUUUCUAUUUCAUUUGAGUCAAAUACAAUAAAAAUAAAACGAUGAAACAAGAUUUGAUAAUGACAACUACAAGUAACUCAACGUAGGAAGAAAAAUGAAUGAAAAAUAGACAAAAAAUUCGUACUGUGCCAUGUUUUCUUUGAAUGUUGUUUAGUGCAAAGACAUUUUGUUAGAUGGAAUGUGCUACAGUCUGGUUUUAAAUAUGAACAUGCCUAGUGACUGAAAUUGUUUGAAUAAUGACCCAUCAUGAGAUCCUUGAACGUAGCAGUAAACAAGACGAUGCACAAAGUUGUGCGUCAUUUCGUGUAAGAGAUGGUUCAUGGUGUCUCAGUGAUGACAGGAAAAAGCUGUUUUGUUUUUUGGGGGGUUUCUUUUAGUCAUUCAGUGCAAUCUAUUGGUUUCGUGAAGCCAAAUAUCACAGGAUUAUUGCUUUAUCAUUGCCACGUUCAUUUCUGGCUCCACGGCUGCUUUUCUUCAUGCCUCAAGAAGCAGCAGCUUACUGGAUCAUGGUUUAGUGACUCAACAAUGAAUUAGCUACAUUGCACUACCUGAAAUAUUCCCCCUUUUCCCUGGUGCCUCAUAUCCACCAUGAAUUCUGAGUGUCAUGCACUUGUGUUAGCUGUCCCUCAUUCAGUGAUUUUACAAAGCAGAGCUGCCGUUUGCAGACUGUUGUAGUGUUUUUCAGGAACGCCGGUGACGUCGGGUAGCGCUUAGCUGAGCCUCGUAGAAGUAAAAGCCGUUUCCAGCCUAAAGCCACAAUUCUUCAUCAUUUCUCAACGUUAAUACCCAAAUAAAGGGGCAGGAAAACAUAUAUACUAUACUUUUAGUUCCUCCUCAUCUCUAACCCCUAUAUUUGAGACAUGGGUUUGAGUUGUUCAUGCACAGAGGUUACAGAUAUCUAGAGAAGUGAGGCACCGUUCUCCAUUCAAUACACCGGGCUGAGUAAUCCUCCCCUUAGCCUGCAGCUCUUGUUGUAAAACUAGCCUAUUGCCAUGUGUGGCUUAAGCUUUUUAUAAUACUGCUCUCUUAGGAGGACUCUUUUUCUCUUUUUUUUUGAAGUCUUUGGUUUUUGACCUUGUGAGAAAUUAAGAUUUAUUUUUUCUUUUUGCUUGCAGAAAACCAAACUGUGGUCUGUAAAAUAUUUUUGUUGUUUCAUUUGUAAGUUGUGUACGUUUACAUGAUGAAAAGCUGUUUGCCCUUUUUUGUAAUCUGUUUUUUUCCCCUUUUUGCUUAUUUGUUUGUUGUUGUUUUUUUAAUUAUCAACAUGCAAAUUGUACAUUUUACGGUACACAGAAGAUGAAUUCAGCUUGACUGAAGUUGAAGUACUUGACCGAACUCAAGAUUUUUUUUAAUGUUUUGUUUUGUUUUCCUGAUCUCAACGAUCAGAAUGAAAAUGUUGAAUCCGAUAAGCAUCUGUGUCGUUGUGAUGGAAAUGUGACUUGCUGCUUUAACUCUUGUAUGUUGUUUUUCUAUCAAACAUUAGGGCUGUCACUCAGUGCUGAUCAUCAAUGCUGUCGUCGUCCAUCCCACCUCUUUGUUUACAGUAAACAUCUGAGAAUGAUAGGACUUUUAUGGACAUAAUAUGAAUUUAUAUCAACUGGAUAUUGAAUGGUUCACAAUCUAACUAAAAUCAAGCAGUCUUGCGGGACCAGUCUGCCCAUGCAAUAAUAGAAUGUUUUCCCUUUAGACUCACCCAUUAAAGAAUUUCUUUUGAAUCAAGUAACGAGCACUGGAAAACCCCCAAAAUAUCAUCUGUCCAAUUUACCUUUUUUUUUUUUUUGUCCCCUCUGACAUUUUGCUGCAUUCUUACAUUUUGGUGCUGUAACUGUGUUGACCAUACAGAGAGGAAGUGGAUGAUUGCUGAAGCUCAGAGGUGUGUGAACAGCAGUGUGUUGUGUGAUCUGUGUGAGUGCAGUGGGCAGAAGGGAACAAAGCCACUCGCUCACGGCUGAAGCACACAGCGUGCAGUGUCCAGCUGGUUAUCCGUCAAGCUUUUUAAUGACACUUCAAGAUUCUCAGUCCAUCCUCAGGAUCCAGCUCCAUUUGUGUCAUAUUGCGGUUGAUUAAAUGACUGCAGAGAUGGUCGGGCUUGUUUAUCAUUUGCCUUUUAGAUUGACCUGCCUUGCAAGUCCGAGGGAAUGUCCCAUCGUUCACUUUGCAUUGUUCAUUAUGACACACGACUUGUACUUAUUGUUACUGAGGUGGUAGAAUGUUGAUUGUCUAAAAGCAUUUAGUGUCGUCUAAAGUAGCCAGCAUCAGCUGCUGACUUCCAACUUGUCACAAGAACAACACGCCAAUGGCAGAGUGUCCGUUUUGCUGGGUUUUAUGCUGUUUUUUGAGUCACAUCAAAACAAAUUAACAACCGUCGUUGAAUCAAAAGAAGUCCAGACAUUGCACUCUUCCAGUUGAUUUUCCUUCUUUCUUCUCAGUCUGCAAAAUCAAUAUUUUCUUUUUCUUAUUAUUUCAUAAUGGAAGUUACAUAGGACCCAUGGAGACACAAAGCAAAUGAAUUUCAGAUUGUCAGCAGAAGAACUUUAAUAUUACAAUAACAGAUACAUUUUUAGAGUUUCAGACUUGAAACAACUGUCGCAAGUUUGCAGGUUAACAUUCAUUGUGUAAAUAUUCUGUUAUUUCCUAUUUUGCAUAUUUACUACUUGUAAAUAAACACAUCAAGG